GGUACACCUGACCGACUGGUUCCGUUCCAUUGGCGCUGAAUUGUCAAAUUACUGUGGAUGACACGUAUUAUAUUUAGGUACGCAGACUGUAAUUGAUAAAGUAAUGAAAAGUAAUGUAUGUUAUUUUAACCAUAUUUACGAAUACGACUUAAUAUGGUUGAUAUUUCUGCUGAUACAUUAAGUUCAGGACAGCCAUAUUCGACAUGGAUGGGCCUGAUUUAUGUUUUCAACCUGAUUGUGGGUACUGGUGCGCUUAUACUGCCUGCUGUGUUCAGCAGAGCUGGCUGGGCACUUGGACUUUGCCUUAUUUGUUUGUUGGCCUUCAUUAGCUAUAUAACUGUGACAUUUGUGAUAGAAGCCAUGGCUUCGGCCAGUGCCAUUGUUCAUUGGAAACAUGUACAGAAGACGAAAGAGGCAUUGCAAACAGAAUCCAUGGAUGAGGACAGCACAGAGGAUACACCUCUUUUCUCUCCUGGUUGUGUAGAUCCACAUUGCUACUACGAUAUUCAGGAGAAGAUUGAGAUGGGUCAAAUGGCUUCUAUGUUUUUUAACAGAAGUGGACGGUUUUUGUUUUUCCUUUGCUUUGUAGUUUAUCUGUAUGGGGACUUGUCCAUCUAUGCAGCUGCAGUAUCCAAGUCUGUCAUGGAGGUUGCCUGCACAUACAACAGUUCCAGCAACUUCACACUUCCAGAUACUGACAUCUGCUGGGAGAAUGUGGAUUUGACACGCAUCGGUGUGUAUCGCGUGUUCCUGGGAGUCUUCCUUGCAGCACUGGGUCCAUUUGCAUUCUUUGACAUGCAGAAAACUAAGUACUUGCAGAUGUUUAGCGCCAUUUUACGUCAGCUAGCAUUCGCCGUAAUGAUAAUAACAGCCAUCCGAGACCUGAUUGUGGAUGGGGCUAAGGGUUAUCCUCAGGCAGCUGAUAUAGUGGGUGUCCCUGAAUUGUUUGGGGCAUGUGUGUAUUCAUUCAUGUGCCACCACUCUCUUCCGGCUUUGGUGUCGCCCAUCGCAGACAAGUCUCGCCUCUUCAGCUCGAUAGCCCUUGACUACCUUCUGAUCACCAUGUUCUACUUACUGCUGGCACUCACUGGUGUAUUUGCAUUUGCACAAGUCAGUGACUUAUACACCCUGGACUUCAGUCAGCGCUGGCUGGGGAAGGAAGCAUUCCUGAUCCCCCGUUACUUCCUAGCUCUCUUCCCUGUAUUCACUCUCAGUACCAGCUUCCCUAUAGUGGCAAUAACACUGCGUAAUAACCUAAAGUCCUUGUUCCUCACCGAAGGGUACCAUUAUCAUUGGUGUAUCUGCAAGUUGCUUUUCCCACUCUUGGCUGUAAUCCCUCCUGUACUAGUUGCCAUGACCACUAAGAACCUUGAGAUUCUUGUUGGUGUGACUGGAUCAUAUGCUGGUGCUGGAAUACAAUAUCUUAUUCCAGCUUUCCUUGUAUUUAGUGCCAGGAAGAGAACAUUAAAAGUAAUAGGAAUGAGUAUUAAGAAUGGUUUUGAAUCACCAUUCAAAGGCAAAUACUGGGUGUUAUUUGUGAUAAUAUGGGCAAUUACAUGUAUUGUCCUAGUGUCAGUUAACUUCAUGAAGAGUUUUGUGUAAUCAGUAACUAACAUUUGGGCGUAAUCAUCCUUUUGACCUGCCACUGUUAAACAUUUUUAUUUUUAUGUAUAUAUUCAUUUUUGAAAGCUUGGUGCUUUUAAAUUUUUAUGGUUUGGCAACAUUUAUAUUUGAAUGUUUUAGUAUAUGAAUUACGCUGCAGUAGUUUUCUACAGGGCCUAUAGGUUUCAUAAUUGGUGAUGAAACUGUGAAUAACAGCUUACCAUCACAUAUUACUGAGUCGGAUUGUGACUCAGUUUUAUAAGCAUCUCUUCAUUGCAGUUCAAUUUCAUGAGUUUUUAGUGGGUGCUUUGGUCUAACUUGAUAGGUUUUCUUUUUAAGUUCUGUAAAUUUCUGCCUUUUUUCUUACGUUUUUCUUAUGUGCUAUCAAGAUACAAAUUACUCGGGCAUUGUGUGAAUGUUAAUUGAGUUAACUUAGUUCUUCGUAGUGUGACCUUUUUGUUUUAAAAUACUGAAAUGUAAGAACAGUGCCUGAUUCACGCUUCCAAGAUGCUAUUGGCAUAUUGGUUAUUAUGAACUUAUGUUCUGUAUUGUGACUUCACUUGCUUCAGGUAUAUUACAUUUUUGAUACUACAUAAUAUGGGUAUGUCCAUUCAAUAUGCCAAUUUGUUUGGGUUGGUUGAAUUUACAGUGCAAUUUAUAUAUUCUGAUAAACUGUUUUAUUAUGAAUGAAUUUUUAAAGUAGUCUUUGGGUGUUGUUUACAUGUGUCAGGUGGUGGUGUAGAUGGAGUUUUAAUCACUGAGCUUCCUUUAUGUCAGAUAAUGUUCAUAGCUCGGUAACACAUUUUAUUAUUACAUAGGUGGAAGAUCUUCACAAGACUGCUUCAUUUAAUGUAUUUUUAAGGUUUUUGUAAGUGUAAACUAAAAGUAAGACUGAAACUUGUAUAUCAGACAUAUAUUCAUGAAUAUAAAUUGUAGAUGCACCAACAAUACAUGGUGUAAGGUAACAACAGUAUUGGUGAACCUUCCUCUCUUAACGUAUCCCUGUAGUCGAACUCCUCAUGUGACUAUUUGGCUGAGUUGUAAGUAGAUAAUAUUAAUUUAUUUUUAUAUUUCAUGUUAAAUAGUAUGUAUUUGUAGACAUGUAUAUAUUUUAAUUUACCUAAAAUAUAUUGAACUUUUUAUGCCCUUUUUGAGCAGAAUAAUUGUCUAUUCUGAAUACUGCCCAGAUCACAUGCAUACAAUGAACUAGUUUGGUUGCCACUUGAAUGGUGACCAUGCUCAUCAUUAUUUUGGAAGAACGAACUAAGGUUCUGAUGCAGUUCAUCGAGUGUGGAAAUGAAAAUAUGCGUGAACUCCAAAGUUUGCUACUGAUGCUGUGACCUGCGGUGUGGACAUGCAUCGCCUUCAGUGUGUUGGCCAGUACAUUCCACAAUGGGAGCAUGUGUAGAGUCCCACAUCCCUGGGCCACACAACUGACACAGGCUUCCCAGAGUACAUGGGAUGCGCGGCAUCUGACGGAACUGAUGAAGCAGACCCCGCGCCUGCAUUAAAACAUUACAUUACAGCUUCAGAUACUUGUAAGCCAUAUUUAUUUCACUCUACACUCACGUGAUCUCAUGAUAUUCCUGAUGACGGAUUUCAAGAAUCUGUUCACGUUCUUCAUAAGUUGACUGGAAGGUAAAGCAGUGUAAAAGGAAAGGCCACACUACAUGCCUGAUACUUGGCUCCAGUCCUCCAAAGAAGAUGCCCUGCACCAACCAUGAAUGCAGUAUAUUUAAAACUUACAACUCUUGCUAUUACUUCAUAUUACAGAUAAGUCAACACACAUAUCCUUCUGUGGUAAAUAGCAGCAACACCAACUGAAAGCUGUAAACUUCAGCAAAAAUAAAAGAAAAGGAAGAUGUUCUCUUUCGUAAUAAUCAUGUCA